AUGAACAAUGAAACCACAACCUCGGUAUCCUUGAAGGAGGCAAUAAAAAGAGUAGACCACAAACUCCAAGCUUUAGAAGCACAAUUCAAAGAACUGGACAAUACCAAAGAUAAUCUGACACAGAAAUUUGAACAUCAUAGCAAGACUUUGGCAAGCCAAGCAGCUCAAGAUGAAAUGUGGACAGCAGUUUUGGCACUGAAGUUCACUUCAAUUGAAUUGAAUAUUUUAUACAGCUACGUCAUUGAAGUACUUAUCAGCUUGCACACACGUGUACUUGAGAAACUACCAGACCUGGUGAGAGGUCUUCCCACCUUAGCCUCUGUCCUUAGACGAAAAGUUAAGAACAAGCGCAUUAGAGUUGUGUGGGAGUCUGUUCUGGAAGAAUGUGGGCUGCAAGAAGGAGAUAUCACAGCACUUUGUACUUUCUUUAUUGCAUAUGGUCACAAGGCAGAUCAUUAUGCUGCUAAAGUACGACAGAUGUACAUCAGGGAUAUCACAUUCAUGAUCACUAACAUGGUAAAGAACCAGGCUCUGCAGGAUGGUUUGCUGAGGGCUGUUCAGGUCAUUGAGAAAGGGAAAGCAGAGAGGAUCCCUGAAGAGCAAAAGUCACCCCUAAAAGAGUUGAUAUCAUCAGUCAAAAACUAA